GCUUUGGUGAUUAUCCAUAAAAACUCCAUAACUGAAAAAUGAUGAUAGGAGAAAUGAACCGUCCAAGUCCGACCGUCCACGUUCCUCCAUGGUCAUUAACCUUAGAGAAUCCCACCUUCUCUUUGAGCCCUAAGGCAAAUGGUAAUGGUGGCGUCGAUGAUUACUCCGUUUUCUUCCAGAACGAUUCUCUAUCGGCGUUGAAGCCUUAUUUACAGUCCUGCGCAAGCGAAUUCACGGCUGAUUUGUUGGAGAUGGAGAACUGGAAGGGGGAUUUUCCGGUGGACGCUCACUCUUGCGAUAAUUUUCGGAUGUUCGAGUUCAAGGUGAGGAAAUGCGCUCGUGGCCGGUCGCAUGACUGGACGGAGUGUCCGUAUGCUCAUCCGGGUGAGAAGGCUCGCCGCCGUGACCCAAGGAAGUUUCACUAUUCCGGCACGGCGUGCCCGGAGUUUCGUAAAGGGAACUGUAGAAAGGGUGAUGGUUGUGAGUUCGCACAUGGCGUAUUUGAGUGCUGGCUUCACCCGGCGCGCUAUCGUACGCAGCCAUGCAAAGAUGGGAUGAACUGUAAGAGAAGAGUUUGCUUCUUUGCCCACUCACCUGACCAGUUACGAGCUCUGAGCCCUCAGGGCGAGUCAUACGACGGCGGUUCCCCACACCGACUAGCUUUUAUGUCGUCUUCGGAUUCUGGGUCGCCGACGACUGAGUCUCCGCCGAUGUCUCCAAUGACUAACUCGGCUAACCAGCUGAGUCGGUCUCCGGGUUCCGGAUCCAUCAACGAAAUGGUGGCUUCUCUACGCAAGCUGCAGCUGAAUCAAGUGAAGUCCAUGCCAUCUCCUCUAAAUCGGCAAGUAGGUUCUUCUUCAGGUCUAGGUUCGCUCUCUUUCCCCAUGAGUCGACCCGGGUACUGUAGCCUGCCCACGACUCCGACUCAAGCCGUCUCUCGGUCAGGGAUUGGGUAUUUCGAUUCCUGGGAUGAGAACGACGUGUCUGAAGAACCCAUAAUGGAGAGAGUCGAAUCAGGGAGGGAUUUGAGGGCGAAGAUGUUUGAGAAAUUGAGCAAGGAGAAUCCUCUGGACCGAGACGCUAAGAACCCGAAUCCUAAUUGGUCUGAUGCCCCAAACCCAGAUGUGGAAUGGAUCUCGGAGCUGGUAAAAUAGAAGAUUUCCAUUUUCCAAGCAAUUGUCUGGUCUUAACUGGUAAAAAUUAUUUUUGAUGAUUUUAUCCUAAUUAUGGAGGUCAAUUUUUGGGUGGAAAUUUGAAGGUUGUGCAUAUAAAUUUGAGCAAUUCAGCAGGGUCUGUCAGAAAUUGAAUAGAAUGUGAUGAUGCGGGUGGAGUUUUGAAUCUCUGAUUUUUGGGGCACAAAAUCUCAGGCAAGAAAAUAUCAUCACACUUUGAAAGUCUCCUCUGUGUAUACAAGACGAUGGCUGCCUGAGGAAGAGAAAGAGGUGGCCAGAUGGUCGAAAUUAUGUACUUUAUUUAUCUGAAUAUUGUGAAGAGUAUUCCAUAAUUAUUAUUAAUCAUUUCGGUUCUUCUAUUAACUGGCGGCUAUGUUUGUAAAAUUUGAUGUGCAGUUGGAAGUAUUAAUAUUAAUAAUUAAUUUCCAUUAAA